AGGAAAAUUAGGAAACUACCAUUUCUUCGUUCUCGCUUCUCAGCCUUACUCGCGGAGCUAGUCGGCGAACUAGAAGGUCUGGAAACCUUAGGGAUGGCGAAAACGACGUCGUUGCUGCUCGGGACACUGGUCCUCUUUGGCACUGUCGCUCUCAUCCAGGCGAAGAAGUCGAAGGAGGAUUUGAAAGAGGUGACACACAAGGUUUAUUUCGACGUCGAGAUUGACGGAAAGCCUGCUGGUCGUAUUGUAAUGGGUCUUUAUGGGAAGACAGUUCCAAAAACUGCAGAAAACUUUCGAGCUCUUUGCACAGGGGAGAAAGGAACUGGAAAAAGUGGAAAGCCUCUGCAUUUCAAGGGCAGUUCAUUCCACAGGAUUAUUCCCAGCUUUAUGAUCCAAGGAGGUGAUUUUACCCAUGGCAACGGAAUGGGCGGGGAGUCAAUCUAUGGAGAGAAGUUUGCUGAUGAGAACUUCAAGCUAAAGCAUACUGGACCAGGAAUUCUAUCAAUGGCAAAUGCUGGUCCUGAUACCAAUGGUUCGCAAUUCUUCAUUACAACUGUGACAACUACCUGGUUGGAUGGAAGGCACGUGGUGUUUGGAAAAGUGCUUUCCGGAAUGGAUGUAGUGUACAAGGUGGAGGCUGAAGGAAGGCAAAGUGGCACUCCCAAGAGCAAGGUCGUCAUUGCUGAUAGCGGUGAACUCCCAUUAUAAAUGCACUUUCUAUUUUUCAACCAACAUCUUUCCAAAUGAUCCAUUUUCCUUUAUUACUGCAUCUACGGAACUUUUAUAUAAAACGUUUAGUAAGUUACUAAUAGAUCAGCCUUUGUGAAGUAGACUCAGUAAAAGGGCCUUAGCUUAUGAAACGACAAAAAAGUGGCCUUGGUGAUGAGCAGCAAAUGCUUCUCUCAGAAGGUGAGUGCAUUGCAUGUUGGAAAUUGACGCUGCAUUGUAUAACCUGUAGUUUGGCUGUAGAGUUUGGGUGUCCAAACCCAGAUUUCGAAGCGCAGAGCUGGUUGGGCAUUUCCCUCAUGUGUUGGAUGACCUUUUAAGUGAAAUUGGCUUCUGUUUUCUUAA